AUGUCCAGUGCUCAGGUGUUAAAGUACCUGGAACCUUUCCGUCUGUCUCUGGAGAAACUGCGGGAAAUUUCGGCUCAACUCAAAAAGGAUAUGAUCCGAGGUCUGGGGAAACACACACAUAACAGGGCGCCUGUCAAGAUGCUUCCCACCUUUGUAAGGGAAACGCCAGAUGGGAAAGGAACAGGAACCAAUGCCUGCUAUAUGGAGGAGAUGAAAAAUGUGAAACGUGUGGAGGGUGAGGAUGGAAGGAUGUGUAUUAACACGGAGUGGGGAGGCUUUGGAGAUGAUGGUUCCCUUGAAGACAUUUUGACAGAGUUCGACAAAGUAGUGGACAAGACUUCCAUCAACCCUGGAGUCCACAUGGUUCGGCUGGUUCUAGUGAAGCUAACAGAGGAGAAGCUGUUGUUUAAAGGGGGGGCAUCUGAGGCACUGCUUAAUCCAGGGAGGUUUGAGACAAAGUUCAUUUCUGAAAUUGAAGAGCCUGACAGAGGUCUGGAAAAUGUCCAAAAGAUUCUGACCAAACUGGAUUUAAAGUGGGAUUUGGUUGAUGCCUGCGUUGUGCGACUUGUCUGUGACACCAUCUCCUCACGCUCUGCUCGUCUCUGUGCUGCUGGUUUGGCAACAAUCGCCAACCGUAUUCGUGUCAACCGAGGGCUAGACCACCUGAAGACCACCGUAGGAGUGGAUGGGACAGUGUAUAGAAAACAUCCCAAUUUCAGUGAUGAGCUCCAGGCAGCAGUGCGCCUCCUAGCCCCCAAAUGUGAAAUCAGCUUUCUUGUCUCAGAGGACGGAAGUGGAAAAGGUGCUGCCAUGGUUGCAGCUGUGGCUCAGCGACUGGCUGUCCAGUCACACCUCUUGGACGACAGUGAUGGAGAGGACGAAGAUGAGGAGGAGGAGGACGAAGAAGAUUAUUGAGAGCUGGCUAUUUAAGACAUUUUUAAAAGUUACAGCCAAAAAAAAGUUUAUUUUCUAUUCACUUUAAAGUGUCGCUUUGUAAA